AUGCCUAAGUACAAGGAAAUCGACUACAAGGGACCAAGAGGUCACUGGCCGCUUUGGGUGAUCCCAUUUUUAGUGGCAUUACUUCUUGUUUUGAUCGGAAUCUUUAUUUUUAUCACCCUCGGCGCGAAGCAACAUCGUUGCCUCUUCUUCGACUGUGAACAACCAAUAGAUAAAGUCGUCAAAGUGAACGAAGAGCGAAACGACACUGUCAUUCCCCCCAAAGGUGAAGAAUUAGGAUCCGAUGUUAAGCUGAACAAAGAACCUGGCAAGAACAUUGCUUCAAAUUUCACCAUGACCGUUCAAGGAGAGCUGACCUUCGCUAGCGGCCCUCCAGAUAGCCUGCCACCAAACUCUCACUUGAAAGUCAAGUUUGAAGAUGUAAGCCUUAUGGACGUCUCUUCCGUGUUACUUGGGGAAACUAUGGUCGACUUGUCUGGUUAUAGUAAAGCUCACAACCUUCAAUACACCAUAAAGUGCAAAAAACCAAACUCACACGGCAGGUACGGUGUUUCCGCCGUGUUGAACGUUGGCUGGAAGCCGGACAAGAACUCUUGGAUCAGAAAGGGUGAUUACUUGACGGAUACGUCCUUCAACGUGAAAAUCGAAGACGAAGUGAGCGAUUACAAGAAAGAUAUUACCCUGGUUCAAUAUAAUUAGCGGUAAGGACUCAUUUAUUUCAUACUCGUACACGUUAAACCCCGUACACGAGAAAAGUUGCUAUAUACGUUCGAAUUGAGAUAUUAGAAAGCUGUAAGAAUAAAUUUUUUAGAUAACUCAAUAGAGCUUACCCUCUGCCUCAAUAUUAAGUUAAGUGCUUUUAGUUCUAGAACAUAUUUAUCUGUUUGGAAUGUAUUUAGAAGCCUGCUGGGAGAUGUUGUUUGAAUUUGCCCCACUCGAGGGGGUUUUUUUAUAUAAGCUUAAGAUUAUUUAAGCCCCGAUGCAAAAUAUGCUCUCACUCUCCAUUUGAGGAGGUAAAGUCAAGGCCCUCCUUAAUGCACUCACUUUACCCACAGCAAAAUUUAUAUAUGAGCUUAAUGUUAUUUAAUUCCUCAGAAUUUUUUACUGUUUUCCAACCUAGUACGGCGGUAGUUUUGGGCCAUGAUGAUCAUUCCCUAAAUUGGGGAGAAAGGGUUACUAAUAUACAUAAGUAUAAGUAGUAAGUACAGUACAGGUGCCUGCCCUUAAUAUGGCCCAGGUUGGAAUUCCUACUUAGUUCCCUACUCUACUCAAGUCGUUUAUCAUAGGGUACUUUGGUUUUUCCUUUUCCUCAAAUCCAAUGUCCUGAUUGUGUAUAGACCUACAAAGAAACAUCUUUCAUGUUAAGCGCGCUCCAUUUACAAUUCACAUACUAUGCACUGCAAACAAAUGCAAAUUUUAUUAUGGUGAAGGAGAGAAGAGAUACACACAGGCAAAAUGUAGGUAGACGAGUUGGUUGAGAAGGGGUGACAUGAGAAAUCCUCAGUUUGGGAAGCAUUGUAGGAAAUGGUAGAUGAAGAGCCACUCCAUGGAUAGGCUACCAUCAAUAUCAUUAUUUUAUUCACAUUUAUUGAAAUUCAUAACUUAAGUAAUGGUCCAGCUAAGAAGCAGGUAGAAAGCAAUAGCACGCAGCAAUAGCAUCAGUUAUUUUAAGGCGCUAAUUUCUCUAAUCAAAUUAAAUCUGAAUGCCCUGAUUGGUCAAUGCAGCAAAAAGCGCGAAAUUUGAACGUAAGAGUUGAAUUAAGAUAGCUCAAGACUCAUUCUAACAACUUUUUAUUUCGUCUAUUGAUUUGUUAUGUUGAAAAAUAUAACAUAUCUAAAAUUUAGAGGAUUUCUAUGCACAAAACCCAAGGAAGGUAAGCUGAUAUGAAAUUACAUGAAGAUGAGCACAGUGUUACAUCAAUCAGCGAUUUACGUCAGCUCUCACAAAAGAAAUGUCAAACCAUGAUCGUAAACAGCAGCAAUUCACUCUCACGUGGCAAAUCUGAUGAAUGCCCCAAUGUCAUGUGUUCAUAUUUGGCCACCAUACAGAACAACAACAAGUACACGAAAUCAAAUCUAAAUGUUUUGCAUUUGGAGAAAAAGAUGAUGUUGCCCAGAGAGAAAAAAUUCCGGCAUGUUCGGAGAAUCGGGUUUCAGUAAAAGCUCUCCCACAGUUUAUCUGUGUACAACAUUUUGAUAUUGUAACCCUAUAAAAAUCCUUCUUGCAACCUCUCUCGUCCUUGGGAAAAAUAAAGGCAAGCUACAGUCAUGCUCGCUAGAUCUUCCGUACCGAGAGAAACUCAAACACCAGUGACAGCUAGAUACAUGUAUGUUACCUAAGUGGCUUCCGUCUCAGAACUCAAGGGUACAAAUUGCAAACUUGUGUCACAAAUUUCAAUUCGUCAUUUUAUUUAAUUUAAGGUGUUUGGUGAACUUCCAUUUCUCUUGAUGAAGCAGUCUAGAGAAAAAAAAAUCAAAUGAGAGAUGGGUAAAGAUACACAGAAUAUGGAAGUUUCGAAAAGGGAAAACACAAAUGAAUAACACAUAAUGUGCGUGGAGGUGCGAAAAUCUACUGAGUUCAGCUUACCUCAAGCUCAAGUGUUGUACAUCUCUUCGACAAAUAAAUUCAUCCUUGUAAAAGCAACAAAUCUUUCUCUCUCUCCUUUUAUGCCCAGCUGUACUCCAAUUUCUAGCACCACAAUUAUUAUUUCGAUCUCCUCCUGAUCUGGCGUGACAAAGAAAACAACUACAUAGGGCCCAAAUUUCCACAUGGUGACUGGGCAUCUCAAGGAUGGCAGCAAACCAUGUUGAAGAGCAUUUUGACGAUCACUCCAAUGAUAAAAUACAGUAAAUUUGAAAUAAAUAUUCAAUAAAGAAAAAAUGCAGAUUUUUAAUGAAGAAAUUGAUGAGAUUUCUUCGGGUAAAAGACAAAUUUCCUAACAUCUCAAAGGUCAUGUCUAAGAUGGGGUCACAACAAGGUCACACGUGUGUUGCAAGUUUUCUGCUCUAACUUUUGAUUGGCACAUAGAACAAUACUGAAACUUGGCUGUGAGGUAUAACACAGGGGAAUGGGGAAAGUGAAGCUAAAAAAAGUUUUUUUGUCACGUUUCCCCCCUUUUUUUUUCGGUGAGUUUUGGAUUUCGGCCAAUCAGAACACUUGAUUUAAUUGAAAUUAAUGAUUAAAAGUUAGCACCUUUUAAUUGCUUUUUCCGUUUGCCUGCCUACCUCCUACAUGGACCAUUACGUAAAAAUAGGACUAAUAGUUUAGUUUUUUGGUCCUGUGACACAUUUAGUACUAGAUUUUCACCAAAAAUGUGCCAGUUGAACUCUCCUCCCUUGUCUUGUUCUGGUAAUAAUAAUUACACUCAAAGCAGGUGAAGUAUUCCCAUCGCUAACAAACUAAUAAAUUCAUAAAUGGGAAAAUGAUUUUGUUUGUUGAUUCAAUAAUCCAUCAUAAACUGAACGAUCCAAUAUUCAUAUUCAGCCUCGAUUCAAUAAUCGAACGUUGAUUUGAUUACUGUUUUUUGAAAAAACUACAGUUUCCACAAGUCGACUGCAGAAUUUUCCAUCUUUUUUUCUAAGAGUCAAGUGCGGGCAAGUUCCAAAGUUCAAACCCAAACAAACUGUUACAUGCAUGCCAUUUUGCUGCCAGUAAUCAGUACAACAGACCUGACCUCUCAAAAAAAAGAUGGUCAAACUGAGGUCAGAAUAUGUGCGGUGACUGGUGGAUUUCGAUCCUCGGCCUUUGUCAGUUUCUUUGCAUUUGCAGUCUGUCUAUUCUAGCUGUUAUUUUGAUUAAAGGCAAUUAAAAACACAAUCAUUAACUGUAGGAAAAGGGAAGAAAAUACAAUUAUUGAACACAAAAGACAAGAAUAAAGAACAGGUAGACUUUGUUCGUAAACCAAAUCAACGUUUAAUCAUUGAAUCGAGGUCCAAUUUGACUAGUAGAUUAUUCAUAUUAUGAAUGGAUUAUUGAAUCGAAAAACCAAGUCAUUUUUCCAUUCACGAAUUUAUUAGUCCACUGACGAAAGGAAUGCUUGACAUGCUUUGACUGUAGUAAGCAAAGUUUUGAAGACAGCUUGUGUAGAAGAUAACAGCUACAUGUGAUUAAAGAGAGAAUGGGACUUAAAUUUUGUUUUUUUUCCUUCCAUUAAUUGCUCUUCUCUUUCCAAUGUUUUUGUUGGUUUUUUUCGUCAAAUGGGAGUAAUGUCUUUGAAAGUAUUGAGCCUUUGACCUUCCAGAUACUUGGCAGGGUCUCAUAUCAGAGCUUGUUGUAAUUUAGGUAGAUUAUGUGGAAUUUUGCAGUUUAUGUAAUUACAGAAUUUCACUCUCUCUAUAUAGCCAAUUUCACAUAGACUAUCAUUAGAUCAUGACAAUAUUGUAUUUUUAAUUUUAUAAGUUUCAGAAGCUCUUCACAAUGUUUCCUUAGCUUGAAGUGACCUUACAUAACAUUAACAUUAUGUUCUAGAUGAUUUAAGUUAUGUUUUAGAUUUCUUAUGGAUUUCUGGACUGCAUGCUUGAUAUUUUCCUAGCUCGAACAAUUUAGAGAAUUUUUCCAUAGCUUUAUUCAAUAUGAAUUGUUAUAUGUUUUCUUUCAGACAGUGGCAGUUCGUACUGUGUUUCUAAAAUCAAGACUUGGUUUUGCUGGAAAUAAAGUACUCCUUCUGUGGUUGUGUAUGGAGAAAUUUUAAUGAUAUCUAAAUUAUUUUACUGCCUAACUUUUGCAAUAUAAUUUCAAAACUAUGUAAGGAAAUCACAAUUAACUGAGAUCUAUGUAAAGACCUCCCUAAACAAUGUAAAUUUAGAUUACUUAGAUAUUUCAAGUUAAUUUAUGCCUGAAAUUUUAAGAAAACACUGUCAUGAUAUUGAUCCUCGAACUUUUGAACAGCAUUUGAGACACUGUAAUUUCAUAAAAUUGUGGGUAAGGGUAAGUUAAAUAAUAUAAGUAUGUAACAAUUAUGUCAGUUAAGGUUCAUACAAUACAGCAAGGCCCAGUUGUUCGAAGGCUGAUUAGCACUAACCUAGGGUUAAAUUUUAACCCAGGUCUCUGUUUCUUUUCAUCAAAAGCAUUUUUCUCGGACAAUUUUCUCUAUUCUUUUUAGAGUAGCCAAUCAUCAAAUUGUUGACAAAAAGAAUUAAACUGAAUUUGCUUUUUAAGCUUUCAUAUCUGAAUUCAAAUUUCGAACUAACCCUGGGUUGUCUUAACCCAGCUUUGAACAACUCGGCCAGAUGUCUUGAGUAAAAUUUUAUACCUCUAAGUAGUGACAACAGAGUUGUUGUAAUGAUCUGCCUUUCCCAGCUUGAACUCUGGCAGGAAGUGUAUUAUUUAUAACAUAUCACCAACGUUAACUAUGGCAUGUAAAUGAUAUUUCUUGGUGUAAGCAUUUUUUUGUCUUUUGCUAUUGUGUAGCCUACUUUUAGCCUAUUAGUUUUUAAUGUAAAUCACUAAAUUUGCAUUUAGUGAGAUAUGCAAAAGGCAAUAAAAGUGAAGAGGUAACAACUAGUCUGGUCUAAUAUUAUAUUUUAAACUUUCUGGGCACUUGAGUAAAAAUGAUUUUUACCACUCAUACAUUAGCAAAGAUUUUCUCCUUGUACCCAUGCAUGGAAGUGUAUGGACAAAAAAUUAGCAGAACAUGUAUAACAUUGUGUUACAACCAAUCACAGCAAACUACUGUGAUUGAUUUUAUUGCUUGUGCUUUAGUUUUCCCAUACCUCAUUGGCUUUUCCCAACACAACACAAUAUCAUUCCAGAAAUAUUUGUGGUUUUUGUGGUUGUCUGAUUUCUGAGUUUUACAGGCAAUGUUUCAUUCUUUUUUUGUUUUGUUAUUUAUUUUAUUCAAAAAAGUCUUCAUUGAGGAUGCCAACAUCACGCAAAUUGUUUUACAGUCGGGUCCUCAAUUUAUAAAAUAUAUAUGUAAAGGAAACAUCAAAGCAAAUAAAGAAAAGCGAAAGAAAGGUAAGAAUAUUAAUUCAUAAUAAUGAUGAUAAUAAUAAUAAUAGUAAUAAUAACAAUAUUUUUAAAAUUUAUUACAAGCUAAAAAAGCACUGAACGACAAAAAUGAACAAGCCACUGAUGCUCAAAUGCUGGUAAAAAGGGGAAUUCAUCUUAGGGAAAUGUUCAAAAAAGAGUUCCAAACAGCAGCAGCAAACAUGAGCAAAGUUCAGAGUUGUCCAAUGACUUCUUCUUCAAGAGCCAAAAGGUUUACGGAUAUUAUGGGACACAAGUGCAUAAAAAGGCCGUUAACAUAAUCUACCUGUAAGUAAAAAUAGUGUGGUGUUCAGUCCUGCAGAAAUGCAUACCGUAUUUAUUCGAAUAAGCGCCCAACCUCGAAUUAGCGCCCACCUCGAAUAAGCGCCCAUGCUAAAGGCAGAAAAAGUUAAUAAGCGCCCAGCCUCGAAUAAGCGCCCACCCCACCCCACUCCCUCCCACAAUAACUCCAAUAAGAGAUAAUAAGAGACCCUCCUGAAGACGGAGUUUUCUUCAGAGUAUUUUACAGAAACCUUGCUUUGCUACAUCUUCACUUUUUGUUGGUACCAUUUACUGUUUUGUUGUAAAAUAUACUACUACACUUGCUGAGAAUGGUGAAAAUUUAAUAAGCGCCCAGCCUCGAAUAAACGCCCACCUCGAAUAAGCGCCCACUCUCAAGGUCCAAAAAUUUAAUAAGCGCCCAGGGCGGUUAAUCGAAUAAAUACGGUAACCAAUAUAACAUAAAAAUAAUCAAGCAUAUUUAGGGGAGUAAUGCGUGCAUACUUGAUGAUAGUUUUAACUCACUAGUGCCACUGGCAAUUUUGGCAAUUCUCUGGCAAUUUGAAAAUCUGGGAUGAAAUAAUGAGAUGCCUUGUCAUCUGGGAUUUUCUUGAUAUUAAAAACCCCAGCUCCAGGCCAGGCCUACACAAUACAACUCACAGGACCAUCAACAGCCUCCACCUGCCUCCACCUUAUUUUUAGGCCAAGCUGAGGCCUACGAGACCAAGACAUUUUUAUUUUAAAACAGCCAGUCCCCCCUAUCCUAGUAGACCGUGAACACAGGCGGCAACCGGAAAUGCAUCUGUGUUCGCAGGCUAUAUCUAUCUGUGUAUGUAGGCCCAAACGCAGCUAGAGGUCUGGGUCCACUUCUGACUUGUUUUUCAUACUAAGAAUUGCAUUUUUUAACUUAUUAUCAUCAUCAUUUAUAUUAUUAGUAGUAUUAUUAUUAUCAUUAUCAUCACUUUUUGAUUAUGCUUCUUCUAAUGCCGUGUCCAGAUCUCACCCUGUCUUACUUGGGAGAUCUGGGUACAAGAUACUGAGCAACGGAGGCACACAAAAACGAAAACAGGAACAAAUUCAAUAUGAAUCGUUCAGUAUUUUGAAUAUAUUCUUGGCUUGACUACUUGGAUGUCAGCCAUUCGAUUGGAAGCACAUGUUGCCCACGUUUGUUUGAGAUGGAAAUGAUUCAGUGUCAUUAUUUGAACAGCUGAAAGGUCCGAGGCGUAGUUAACGUUUGUAUCCUAGCUGGUUUUUUCUCAAAGGUAAACAGUGACUGUCAUCUAAGGAAACUUAUUGUGUUACUCAUCACAAGAAUUUAACCUCGUUAGGCAUAUAUCGCGAUGAUCGAAAUCACUGGAGAGGUGAAAUUUCGCGCUAACGCGCCCGAAAGCAUCCCCUCAAACUCCCAUUUGACGGUGAAGUUUGAAGAUGUAAGCCUGAUGGAUGCCCCGUCAGUCAAGCUUGGUGAAACAGAAGUUGAUUUGACCAAUUAUAAGAAGGAAGAAGCUCUGGUGUACUGUAUAAAAUGCCCAAUACCUUCCCCUAUUGCCCCUGAUUACAGUGUUUCAGCCGUUUUGAAUGUUGGUUGGAAGUGUGACGCGGACUCUUGGAUAAGGAAAGGGGAUUAUUUGACCGAUACGCGUCACCCAGUCCACAUUGAAGACGGAAAAACUUGCUACAAAGUUGAUGUUGAAUUAGUCAAGUACUAA